ACAACAAAAAGUUUUAGAAAAUAAAAAUAUUGAUGCUAAUAAAAAACAAAAAACUCGCACACUGGUAGAGAACCAAGUACUAGGCAUCUCGUUUUUAAAUCCAACACACCCACUUGGAUCUUAUAAUAUUAUUUCGCUCUUUGAUAGAGAAUUUCCUUACACUAAAGAACUAUCAAAUCGUUACCCAAAUCAGAUGAAAAUAUUAAUUGAUAAAUAUAGAGAGAUUGAAGAUGGCAUUGAAGGCAAUAUUAAAAAUAUCUGGAAAGUGAAAAAUAGUAUAAAAAGUCUAUUAGUUAAAUACAAUGGAUACAUAUCAAAAAAUUAUGAUGAAAGAACAGGUGUCAUCAAUCAUGAAAAACUACUAUCCUUUAUAUGUGAAAAACCAUUUCAAAAUUAUUGUCAUAAAAAUGAUUACGAACUGCUUUGGUGUCAAGACAUUUAUAAGAGCUUUGCUGCAGAAUUUCGUUAUCGAGAUGAAAUCAUAAAUCCAUUAAUUGCAGAGGCAUUCUGUGACAUUGAGCAUUUUGCAUGGAUAGAAACGGGAGAACUUGAAAAUAGAAUAAAGAAACUGCAACGGAACGAAGAUAAAGAGAAUAAUGAACGUUCAAAAAUCGGAUAUAAACAUGAUGGUAUCGUUUAUGUGUUGGUUCAUGGACAAAAAUUUUCAAUUGGAUUCAUUGAAGUUACAGGAAAUGCAUUCAAUGAAGAUGUUUCUGAUAGGAAUACUGACUAUGAAAAAUUAUUAAAAUCAAUGUCAUUAUCUAUAUGGAACCAAAAAGAGUAUUUAAUAUACAAUGGAAAUCCACCAAUGCUACGAUCUUUUGGUAUUUUGGUGCAUGUUGGUUUAAAUGUUGUUUGUGAUUUUGAUGGGUUAUUAUUACCAUCAUCUGAUGAGUGUAUCUUCAGAACAUCAGAAAUUGUGGAAAAUGUAUUAAAAUUUAAGGUAAGGAUCGUAAAUUAUUGGAAAGAACUUAAAAAUCAUUCAUGCAAAAUGAUACGUUCACCAACUGCAAAACCUCCAUCCUCACCAAAAUAA